CCUGGGUACGUACUUCCUGGGCGGGAACACCAAAAUGGCGCCAGAACCAGUAGCAGGUUGAACCAAGUUUCCGGGCCUCUAGUCCCUUUCUGGACAUGGAGGAUGUGGAGGUGCGCUUUGCUCACCUCUUGCAGCCCAUCCGAGAUCUCACUAAGAACUGGGAGGUGGACGUGGCGGCUCAGCUGGGCGAGUAUCUGGAGGAGCUGGACCAGAUCUGCAUUUCUUUUGAUGAAGGCAAGACCACAAUGAACUUCAUUGAGGCAGCACUGUUGAUCCAGGGCUCAGCCUGUGUCUACAGUAAAAAGGUGGAAUACCUCUACUCGCUGGUCUACCAGGCUCUCGACUUUAUCUCUGGCAAGAGGCGAGCCAAGCAGCUCUCUUUAGUGCAGGAAGAUGGGAGCAACCGGGCUGUCAACUCAGGGACUCCCUGUGAAACAGAGGAUGAGUUCCUGUCACUGGAUGACUUCCCCGACUCCCGGGCUAACGUGGAUCUGAAAAAUGACCAGGCAUCCAGUGAACUGCUUAUCAUUCCCCUUCUGCCCAUGGCCCUGGUGGCCCCUGAUGAAGUGGAAAAGAACAGCAACCCCUUGUAUAGCUGUCAGGGUGAGGUCUUGGCCAGCCGGAAGGAUUUCAGGAUGAACACAUGUACCCCCGACCCCAGAGGUUCCUUUAUGUUGGAUCCAGUGGGAAUGCGUCCUGUGGAGCCUGUAGACAUGCACCCCAUGCCAAGGAACCAGAAAGAUGCUGAGGAGGCUGAGGAGCAGCCGAUGGCAGUGUCGAGGAACGGGAGUCCUGUGUCUGUGCGCAGCAUCUCCCAAGAGCCAGAUGGCCCAGCGCUCAGCAGUGGAGAUGAGGACGCAGAGGAUGUAGCAGAGCUCCCGGAGGUUGCUCUAGAGCCUGCAGAGCCCAGGACCUCACAGCAGACUGCCAUCUUGCCAAGGAGAUACAUGCUUCGGGAACGGCAAGGGGCCCCGGAACCUGCCUCCCAGCCUCAGGAGACCCCAGACCCCUGGCAAAGCCUGGACCCUUUUGACUCCUUGGACUCUAAGCUCUUCCAGAAAGGUAAACCCUAUUCUGUGCCACCCGGUGUGGAGGAGGCUCCAGGACAGAAGCGCAAAAGGAAGGGUGCCACCAAGUUGCAGGACUUCCACCAGUGGUACCUGGAUGCCUAUGCUGAACACCCUGACGGCAGGAGGGCUCGGCGGAAGGGCCCAAGCUUUGCAGACAUGGAAGUCCUGUAUUGGAAACACGUAAAAGAACAGCUCGAGACCCUUCAGAAGCUGCGGAGACGUAAGAUGACCGAGAGAUGGCUACCUGGGGCCAAGCAGGACCUGUGGCCUGCAGAGGAGGAACGCUUGGAAGAGCCCCUAGAAGACCUAGGGGUAGCAGCAGAUGACUUUCUAGAGGCUGAAGAGUACGUAGAAGAGUCUGAGGGGGUGAUGCCUAGGGAAGCUGCUGGCCUAGAUGCAGAGGCCAUACCAGAGGCCCUGAAAUACGAGGAGCUGGUCCGAAGGAAUGUGGAACUCUUCAUUGCCACCUCCCAGAAGUUUAUUCAGGAGACGGAGCUGAGCCAGCGCAUCAGGGACUGGGAAGAUACCAUCCAGCCCCUGCUCCAGGAGCAGGAGCAGCAUGUGCCCUUUGAUAUCCACACCUACGGGGACCAGUUGGUUUCACGGUUCCCCCAGCUCAAUGAAUGGUGCCCCUUUGCAGAGCUUGUGGCUGGGCAGCCUGCUUUUGAGGUGUGCCGCUCCAUGCUGGCUUCCUUGCAACUGGCCAAUGACUACACGGUGGAGAUCACCCAGCAGCCAGGCCUGGAGGCAGCUGUAGACACGAUGUCUCUGAGACUGCUCACACAUCAGCGAGCCCACAUGCGCUUCCAGACCUAUGCUGCCCCAUCUAUGGCCCAGCCUUGAGUGGACAGUAUUUAAGCAGGGGUGGAAGGUAGUAUAUACCUGGAAGUCUUUGCCCGUAAUGUGCUAUGGGGCCAUUCACUCCAGUGCUGCCUCCUGGCUGGCCUAGCCUAAUAAAGCGUUGCUACCCCACCUGUUCACUCAACAAACCAUUUAAAUGGGCUGCUGGUACAGAGCAUACACACAGAUUAAGUACAUCCAUUUAAUGACAGGGCCUAGGCAGUACACAGUUCAGGGCAGUAUGCUGUGGAAGGCAGCUAUGUGCCGGCGUACACUCUCUACGAUCUGCUCUGCUGACCUGCUACGACCAUAGUAAUCCGUGAAGAGACCAUCUGGGUUGAGCAAGUAGAUGGCAAUGGAAUGGUCCACAAUAUAGUCCUGGUCCUCGUCCUUGGGACCAGCGCUGUAGUAUACACGGUAGUUGCGACUAGCAUGGGCCACUUGUUCUGUAGAACCAGUCAGACCCAGCAGCCUUGGGUGGAAUUCUUGCACAUAUCGGGCCAUGGCUGCCACGUCAUCUCGUUCUGGGUCCACAGUGACGAAGACAGGCUGCACCAGGGGCAGCUCAGGCUCUGCCUCGAGCUUCUGCACUACCUGCACCAGCUUUUCCAGCUCAUCGGGGCAAAUAUCAGGGCAGUGAGUAAAACCAAAGUACAUCAGCACCCACUGGCCUCGGAAGUCGGCUUUGCAUCGAGGCUGGCCUUUGUGGUCCAGUAGGCUGAAGUCACCCUGGCCCACAGCAGCCUGGCGCAGGGCCUCUGUCCGCUGUUGUUGGCGCCACUGUUCCUUCUCAGCUCGAGCGGUCAGCCAGGCCCAGCCUAGCCCAGCCCCAAACAGGGCAGUGAUCAACAGUCUAGUCCUUAGCCCAGGGCCUUGGCGUUGGCCUUGGCCUUGCCCCGACCAAUGCCGGGAAUUUAUGUGCAGAGUUUCACCCCUUGAGAUCCUGAGAAGGGGUUUGAACUGAGAGAGCUUGGGCCAAGUUUUGGGCCCUAGAGCCAGUAGCAUCAUGGACCUGAAGCUCCUGAAAAAAGAACAGAGGUGGCAGAAGUCAGAAAAGAACGGACAAGGUGCCUAGGCCUCCACUGCUGGAGAAACAUCUCCACAUUCAACCAGGUUAGAGAGCUCCCUGCACUGGCUCGCCUGAACUCAGAACUGCCCUGCCUUCAGCUGCACUUCAGGCAGCACCAAGUAUCCAUAGCUGGUUUGCUCUAACUUAGUUCUUUAACCAGGGACUCUCAGCCUCAUUACCCCACCCUAUGGAGAACCCACACCACAACUGCCAGACUUCCCUGUGGGUGCCUGGAAGCACGGAGAGUAUGAGUGCAUGUCUCUAUUUACAAUAAAUUGAUUUUUUUAAAAAGGGA